UGUUUUGAUGACUCUAGAUCUUUUAUUUUAGAUAAUAAGGAUUAGCUUGUCAAUUUCUAAGAAAAAUAGCAUACCAAGAUUGCCAAUUUAAGCAUAUUGAGCCUUCAGUCUGUGAACAUAGACUGUCUCUCAGUUUCUCUCAGCAAUGUUAUAUGGUUUUCAAUGUACAAGUCUUGCACUUACUUUAUUAUAUGUAUUCCUAAGUACUUUAUUCUUUUUGAUGCUAUUGGGAAAUAAAUGGUUUAUUUAUUUUCAUUUUUGGACUGUUAAAAAGUAUAUAUAAAUACUUUUUUGUAUCUUGAUCUUGUUUCCUGAGACCAUGCUAAAUACACUGAUCAAUUCUAAUCAUUUUUCUUCGUGCAUGUGUGUGUUUUUCUGAAGGUUUUCUUCAUACAGGAUCAGGUAAUCUGUGAACAGACACAGUUUUACUUCUUUGUAUUCAAUCUGAUGACUUUUGUUUCUUUUUGUCCCUUAUAGCACUGACUAGAACCUCCAGUACAAUAUCGAAUAGAAGUAGCCAGAGAAGGCAACCUUACUGUGUUCCUGACCUGAAUAAAUGGAAAGCAUUCAAUAUUUUGCCAGUUCAGCUGUCUAUAUACCUCUCCAGAUUCCUAAAACCUGUUCAUCACUGGGUUGUAUUCCUGCUAUCUAACCAUGCAACGGAGAUCAAGAACGAUUAAUACUGGGCUUAUUCUACUCCUUUCUCAAAUUGUCCAUGUUGGGAUCAACAAUAUUCCUCCUGUCACCCUAGCAGUUUUGGCUCUUAACAUCUGGUUGUUCUUGAAUCCUGUAAAGCCACUGUAUGAAUCCUGCAUUAGUGUGGAGAAGUGUUACCAGAAACAAGACUGGCAGCGGUUAGUGCUUUCCCCCUUUCACCAUGCAGAUGAUUGGCAUUUGUAUUUCAAUAUGGCAUCCAUGCUAUGGAAAGGAAUAAAACUGGAAAGAAGAUUGGGCAGUAGAUGGUUUGCCUACAUAAUCACCACAUUCUCCUUGCUCACUGGGGUGGUAUACCUGCUGUUAGAAUUCACUCUUGCAGAAUUUAUGGAUGAACCUGACUUCAGAAGGAGCUGUGCUGUAGGUUUCUCAGGUGUUUUGUUUGCUUUGAAAGUUCUCAACAACCAUUAUUGCCCUGGGGGCUUUGUCAACGUUUUUGGUGUUCCUGUAUCCAACAGAUUUGCUUGCUGGGCAGAACUUAUAGCCAUUCAUUUCUUCUCACCAGGGACCUCCUUUGCUGGGCAUCUGGCUGGGAUCCUUGUUGGACUAAUGUACACUCAGGGGCCUCUGAAGAGAAUCAUGGAGACAUGUGCAGGCAUUUUUUGUUCCAAUACGGGUUAUCGAGGACAGCAGUACUACUUUAACAAUUCAGGCUACUCUGGGUAUGAGGGCCAUUAUCCGUAUGGCUGGACACAUUACUCUGAAGGAGCACCAAGGAGCUAUGAUGCUUACACAGCAGGGCUGAGCGAGGAGGAGCAGCUGGAGAGAGCAUUAAGAGCCAGCCUCCAGGACAGAGAUAUUGAUCUUUGCGACAACUCAGCUCCUGCUCUGUGGUCUGUGAUCCCCCUUGGGUGCUUGUGUGUUUCAAGCAGGAGUGAUUUGGAUUGGCAGGGGAGGUGCAAGAGGCAGCAGGAUAGAGGGAGGAAAAGUGAGGACACAAAUGUUGGUCAAGAAGAACCCACCAGGGACUUGGUGGGGAAAUAACCAGAGACAGGGAAUCCCAGAAAUAGCCCACCACCCUUUGGGUUUCGUCUCUCACCAGAAGAAAUGAGGAGACAACGGCUUCACAGAUUUGAUGCUCAGUGAGCUGGCACAACAACUUGAGGAAACAUGGUCCAGCUGUAUGAUUAUUACCCACUUGGUUCACUCUCCAAGCCCCUAAUUAGUUUUAAACAAAAGCAGAGUACACCGUUAUCAUCCCAAAUUGCUCAUAUCUGCCAUGGACCAUCAUCCUGUGGCCCCUGGGAGUCUAGAUUCACAAGCCACAUGACUUGUCUUGAAACCAGAGUCGUUGAAUGCAGCUCACAGCUUUCUGCGAAUGGGCCUUCUCCUGGCUGUUUCUUCAAAGCAGGGACCAGCUUCCACUCCUUUCUCUCUACCGACUCUGCAGUGCCUCUGUCUGGAAGAUCAGUCCCUCCUUCUGCCUGGCAUGGCUGAUGCUUGACUUGGCAGGAGUGAGGCGUGUCCCCGCAUCCUCCUGGCAUGUGGCCUUGGUGACUUCCUCAGAACAGGAGGUGGCUACCUUAGCAGUGUGUUCUAGACUCUUCUCCACAGUGCCUUGGCUCUUCAGGGCCUACGUCUGGGUGCCAUUUACAGUGUACUUGCUUUGCUUUUAUACUGCUCUGCUUUUAUACAGUGUUUUACUGAAAAAGCUUGAGAACUAAGGUGGGGAGAAACCCUACACAACCCCAUCACACAUCAGGUAGCACCAGCAACUUGGGUUCACAGCAGUCUCUCCAGUGGCGAGACAUGUAUCUGGGUGGCAUAACGUUAUUUAAUCACCAAAGCAGCAGCAGUGCCACCUAGAGACACCAGCAAUAAGAAAUCCUCCUCACAGGAAGUUUUGUUGUCAUUUUCUCUCAUCAAAGUGCCUCUUGAGUGGCCACUGUUACGACUCACUUGGCCUGCCCAAGUGUCCAAGUCCCACUCCCGACUCCUGCCGCUUUAGAAGCCAGAUCGUCUGCCAGAGGACGUUACGUUUCCCCACGUUUGUAUUUCAUGAAUAAAAGAAACAAAACAUCCCUGACUUCUUAUGUCACUGAGAUAUUUAUUUUUGAAGAGUGUUGGAAGCAGAAUACAUUCUUCCUAUUUUGAUUUAUCUAGCAUUUAUAUAGUUUUCUGAUUAUGAAAGUAAUAUAUGUCCCUUGUAUAUGCCUAAAGCAAAUAUUUGGGUAUAUCCCAAAUGUUAACAGAGGUUAUCUUUGGGGAUAGAGUACAGGGGAUUUGGCUUUCUGUUUUUUUACAGUUUAUAUCACUGGAUUUUAAAAAUGUGUGUGUGUAUGUGUAUUAUUUUUGCAAUCAGGAGAACUGAUAAUAAAUCAAGAAAUAAUAGAAUCAGGAAAACUGACUUAAUAUUAAGUACUAUGUGUCCACUGGUGCAAUUCACAACAUAAAUAGAAAUACAAAUAAUUACAAAUACAAUUUUAAAAUCACCAAUUCCCACCACUUAGAGGUACCCAGGGUUAAUCUGUUGGGGGUAUUGCCUUCUCAGUUUUUCUUUGAAUACAUUUGAUAAAUUUGGAGCAUCCUGACUGUGCAGCUGUUUUUUCUUAAACAGUUUUAUUCAUAUCUACUGAAGCCUUCUUGCUUGUGUGACUUGUCAGAUACAAAGACAUAGUAAUUGGAUUUUAGAUGAUGUAACUAUAAAUGCAUGCCUUCUUGAUUUGUGGAGUGGAACAUCACUAAACUUCUAGAGAUAUGAGUUAAGGUCGUUUAAGUUAUAAAUAUAAACCAGUUAUUUUAGUGCAACAGUAAAGAUGUUCUGGAAAUUAUUAUAACUAUUUUGUUCCAUCAUUAGGCCUGCCUAUAACCAAGGCUUAUUACUUUUCAUGUCCAUUUUAUUUUUUUCUCUACAAUAAAGAAUCUCUGGAGUUUUGCCAACAAACUGGAAGAGGGUUGAGAAAGACAAACAAAAGCAAGCAUAAAAGACUGAUUGUCUUUAAUAACGAAUAAGCAUUUAGAGCUGAUUUUUUUAUUUGGUUUCUUUGUGUAAUAAUUUCCUGUUUGGCAUCUAGUUCUCACAGUUUGGUUGUGGUCAGUCAACUCAUGAGAGUUUUUAAUUCAGAAUCUUUUUCCUUGGUUCUCAAAAAGAGGGAGUAAAAAUUGCUUCCUCUUAAUAACUUUUAAUGUAUUGCAUGUGGUUCCAAAGUUGUCCAUAAUUUUUUAAACCUCCUCCGUUUUAAAUUGCCUGAUGGUGGAGCUCAAACUAAAUAGCAAAUAAUAGCAAAUAACUGGUUUUGGUAGAAUUGGAGCCAAUCCACAUAUGUGGCACUUGUUCUGCUGCCUGGGGAGUGAGGAAGCUGAUGGGACCACCCCCUACCCACCCCAGGCAGACGAGCAGUAGACCUGGCCUUGUUCUCGGUCAUAGUUUCUCUUUAGAGAUUCAGUAUUCAGUAAAGACCUAUAUUCAAUUAGUCAUAACAAACCGAUCAUUUCUUCCUUUCCCUUCCCAGAGAUACUGCAGUCAUUUCUCCCCCCAGCCCUAGGAUAACCUGAAGUCUCUCAGUUUAUCACUCUAAACUUAAAAUGCCUCUUCACUCAGUUCUACAUAGCUCUGCCAGAUUAAUCUUCCCAAAAUCCACUUCCAUGAUGCUGCACAUCACCAAGAUCCCUUUCAUUAACUCUCCUUUGUCCAAGGAUAAAGAUCAAACUCCUUAGCCUCAAAAGGGUGUCUCCAACCAGCCUUUCCACUUACCCCUUACCUACUAAAUCAGAAUCUGCAUUUUAAGAGGGCCCAGGUGGUUCGUAGGAGCCAAAGUGCUUCUUAGAUUUCAGAGAGCACAAAUGCAUUUUAAGAUGAUCAUCACUUAUCCCCUAGGACUGUAAAAUCCUGUAAGACAGAAAGAAAACAAGCCCUCUGGUUUUCAGAUUUAGAUUCCGAGGCUGAGAGAGGUGCAGUGAUGGAUCCAGGAUCAGCAGCUAGUAACUGGUGGUGCCUCCUGCUCCCAGGUUGUUUCUGUUGCACUGUGCAGAAAAGAGAUUGGAAACCCAAUCUAAGCAGGAAAAGUAACAAUUGAGAAAAGCGUCAUCUGAAGCAACUUGUCACUUCCUCCUGCAAACAAGGCACUAAUGCUUGUGACAUAAAGCUAUGCACUUCACUUCAAAAAUGGAAGCAUUUGCCAGUGCCAGCCUAGAGUACCAAGUGUGGGAGUUGCUAUAGCAACUCUUCGUUUAUCAAGAAAGCCCAAGAAAUGGCAUAUCCGAUCUGUACACAGUGUCGGCCUCCUAAGACUUGCUUUGGGACCAAAAGAACCAUGUACUCCUCAUUGAAAACCUUCCCUACUUUUUCCAAACAAAUAGAUAAAAAUGAUUGCUUUACUGAUUGAGAAUUUCAUCCUUAGCUGAUAAAAUUAUAAAACACUAAGUAAUCACUGAGAAUGCAAGCCACCCCCAAGGAAUAGUGUAUGAUAGAAGUGCCUCGCAUGCACACAGGAGAAUAAAAGUGGCUGAGUGGGCUGGUGCCGUAGUGAGUGAGCCUGAGAUUAACUAAGGGCUUCCAGAUCUUUCUCCAACUUAGAAAAUUUCCCCUGGACUGCUGACCUUGAGCGUCUCUCAGGGUUCCAUAGGCCUGGCUGGUUUUUAGUUGACCCUGGGAUGUAGACUUUCUGAGCUCCCCCAAAAUAAGUCUGGCUUUGUGGGUCUCUAUCCCCAACCCCAGAACAUCUUAAGACAGUCUCCUGGCUGAGCUAGACAGGCUGAGGACUGGUGACAUGGGACUUCGCAGUGAUAGCAGCAGUUCAGGGCACCAGAGUGACAUCUGUGUCAGCCCCUCUCGUUUCUAACCAAAACACAAAGUGGGGAAGCGGCUGGGAAGCGAUGGUGUAAAGGAAGAGACAGUUUCCAGCAACAGGCAGACCAGGGUUCAAGUUCUACCAGGUGCUGACUCUGUGACCUUGAGCAAGUCACUUAGGCCCUCUAAACCUGUUUCCUUGCCUGUAAAAUAGGUUAGUUGUGAGGUUUUGAGGGAGCCCAUGUGGCAGGAUUAACAUAAUUCCUGUCACAUAGUGGGUGCUCAAGAAAUGUUAGCUUAAUACUGUUAAUUUCUCUAUUGGGUGAGAGAUUGGCCCCAAUACCCUUGAAGUUCCUUCUGACUUAUGACGAGUAACUCCAUGCAACAGUAAUUGAAUAUCUGCUCUGCACCUAUGCCCAUGCUCAGCAAUGUAGGGGGGCUAUAAGAGAAAUAUAAUCAGCACCUAACCCUUCACUUCAGGUUACUGUAGUUAAAAAUAGCAAUAUCAUAUUUUAAGUCUCUAUGGUUGGCUUCCAUUUAAUCGUUGCAGCAAUGCCUAGGAAUUGGUCUCGUUCUCUUUCAACCAAUGAGGCAAGAGAGGCCCAGAGGCUGGGAACCAAAUUUGAGGACCCUGUGCCUUGGACAUCUGGUUUCAUUUGUACCUGUGCCUUCCCCCUCAUAGUGUGCACUAUGGUGCUUCCCAGAGCCUUGGAAUACCAUCCUUUCCAGAGGAAAAAGCGUUGCUUUCUGCAUUCUGCCCAUGUAAUGACUUCCCUUCUGCAGGUCACACGUAGACCAGGCUGCAUUUCCUAUUUUUUUCCCACUGAGCCAGCUCCAAGGAAAUAUUAAGGCCAGUUGACGAGGUGGGAGAACUCACUUUGGCUCAAAAGAAAAUAAAUACCACGGACGAAACAGUUGCUUUUGGAGAUCAUCACAGAAAUUUAUUUAUAAUGAACAGUAUUAUCAUAAAUGGUAAUACAACAGAUUGUAUUGCAUCUUUCAAAUGUAACAUGUUGAAAGUCUUCAACUUUAAAACCAUAGGUUAGAGAAAAGGAUGCAAUUUAUUGGCUAUUUCACAUUUUCCCCAUGAAUCAUUAAAUAUUUAAGCACCAUAUAAUUCAAGCAUUUCACAUGUAUGUGGCAGUCAGCCUUAGUGGUUGAAAAUGCAUUAUGCAGAGUUUCUGGCAGAUAAUAACAGUGACAAUUUCAGAGUACUGAUUUUUAAUGUCAAUUGUUUUGUUCCCUGCAGAACUUCCUGAUAAUGUCCCUGCAGGAAACUGUCAUUUUCUGUGUGCUAUUGUAUCUUUAAGAGUUCAAAUAAAAUAGCAUUCCCAAAGACAUUAAGAAUUGGCCAGGUAUAAAUAAUUCUAUUCAGUAAUAUAUAUGCCCUCUGAGAAUCAUAAUGUAAUUCUGCCAUAUUAAAAAAAAAAACACCUUAAGAAAUAUUUUCAUGUGAAAUAGUCUAUUAUAAAUAGAAGAAGUGACCAUAAAA